AUGGAUGCUAAAUCUUUUUACGGUGCAAGGCCACGCAACUUUUUGGCACUUAUACCAGAAAAUCCUCAAGACUCUGAUGCUGAUCUGAGUGAUGACGAUGACCAAAUUGAGGAUCCUGAUUAUCAGCCCACACAUGCAGAAGACACUGGGGACACUUCUUUUGAAUCCAUGGAUAAGGAAGAGGUUGCCUCAACAAGCACAACUUCAACACUGCCUCCUUGUAAGAAGAGCAGAAAAGGGAAGAACACCCUAAAAACAGUUUCCAUGGAGGAGCCAGAGGACCCACCUGAUCCAAACAAAAGCACAAGGAGAAUCUGGAAGCAUGAAGACAUUGAGGAAUUCCAGGUUCCUGAAUCAAGAUUUGAACCCCCUGAGGCUGUAAAGACACCCUUCCAGUACUUCAAAAUGCUCUUCACUGACGAGAUGAUUGAACAUAUUGCUCAUCAUACCAAUCUGUACUCUGCCCAUGAGUUGAGUGAUCCAAUCAAGACUAGCCCUGAAGAGAUUGAAGAUUUCCUGUCAAUACUACUCUUCAUGGGUGUGUUCAACUUCCCAGCCAUGGAAGACUACUGGCACCACGAGUCACGUUUUGAUCUGAUAGCUGAUAUCAUGCCGAAGAAGAGAUUCCAGCUGUUACGCCGGUUCAUUCAUUUUAAUGAUAAUCAACAGUGUAACGACAGUCCAGACAGAUUUUACAAAAUCCGCCCCCUCUUUGAUAUGCUUCGUGAGCAGUGUCUCCUGAUUCCAUCCACUUACAAGCACAGUGUGGAUGAGGUCAUGGUGGCAUAUAAAGGCACACGGGCUGGCACUCUCCGCCAAUAUAUUGCCAACAAGCCAGACAAAUGGGGCUUUAAAUUGUUCUGCCGAGCCAGUUCAUCUGGCAUCAUCCAUGACCUACUGCUCUAUCAAGGGGUAUCCACAUUCAAUGUUGCCCUAAGUGAGGAGGAGCAGGGGCUACUUCUAAUGGUAAUAACAUUAUGCAAAACCAUAACACAGCCACGUCUUUCUGUUGUCUUCUGUGACAACUACUUCACCAGUUUCAACUUGAUCCAGAAGCUGAACGCAAACUUGGGUGUCAAGUUCAUUGGCACUGUCCGACCAAACCGCAUUGGUGGAGCUACCUUGAUGGUAGACAAACAGCUGAUGAAGAAAGGACGUGGAGCUUUUGAUUACAGGUCUGCUGAAGGGGUGAUCGCAGUGAAAUGGUAUGACAACAAAUGCGUCAACCUUCUGAGCAAUGCCUGUGGGAUCAUGCCUCUUUCAACUGUCAAACGGUGGAGCAAAGUGGCCCGUGCAAAGAUUAAUGUCCCGUGCCCAUCACUCAUUCCUGCCUACAAUCAGCAUAUGGGAGGCAUUGAUCUUUCUGACAUGCUGGUACACCUAUACAAGACCCCUGCCAAGUCAUGGCGAUGGUACAUUCCCCUCUUUGGAUACAUCCUUGACUUGUGCAUCUCAAAUUCCUGGCUGGUCUACAAGAGGGAUUGUGGCCUACUGAAUGAAAAACCAAUGCCUCUCAAAAGAUUCCGCCUGGCAGUUGCCCACAGUUUGAUGAGAGUCAACAAGCCAGCACCCAAAGUUGGCCGACCAUCGUCCUGCUCUCCACUACCUCAGAAGAAACGCUACACCCCAAGACCCUCACAACCACAACCAGAUGUGCGUUACGACAACUGUGGACAUUGGCCGCUUCACUGUGACAAGCGUGGGAGGUGCAACCUGUGUCCAAAGGGUGUGUCAAGAUGGAAGUGUCAGAAAUGCAAUGUUUUCCUGUGUUUGAAUGCAAACCAGCAAUGCUUUGUAGCAUACCAUGAGAAAUAA